AUUUGGUAUUAAAUCCAAAUGAAAUUAUGUUUGACCAAAAAAAGAGAUCUCGUACACGCCGGCCCAUGGGCCUUUACAACAGAUUGAACCAAAAUGGAAACAUAGACCAAUCAGGAUAAGGUAUAUUUCUCUCUAUAUUUGCACAAUUCAACAACAACACGAUUUCUCACACAUUUCAAGUUUUCAUUAUCAUCCAGAAAUCUUCUUCUUCCUCCGAUCACCACCAUGUGUACGUUAGAGAAACGCGGCGAUCUCUUCCUCCUAACCCUAACCGGAGACGGCGAACACAGAUUCCACCCCGACACAAUUGCCACCAUUCUCUCCCUUCUCGAACAAGCCAAAUCUCAAUCCACCCGUGGAUCCAUCCUCAUCACCACCGCCAACGGCAAAUUCUUCUCCAACGGAUUCGAUCUUGCAUGGGCUCAAACCGCCGGAUCCAAAACCGGAGCCGCAAACCGGCUUCACCAAAUGGUUGAAUCAUUCAAACCGGUGGUAGCAGCGCUUCUCGAUCUCCCUAUGCCGACGAUCGCCGCCUUGAACGGCCACGCCGCCGCCGCGGGAUUGAUUUUGGCUUUGAGCCAUGAUUACGUGUUCAUGAGGAAAGAUCGUGGGGUUCUGUAUAUGAGUGAAGUUGACAUCGGGCUUUCGAUGCCGGAUUAUUUCUCGGCGUUGGUUAGGGCUAAGAUCGGGACGAGUGCGGCGAGGAGAGAGCUGUUGUUGAGUGGGAAGAAGAUUAGAGGAGAAGAAGCGGUGGGUUUGGGGAUUGUUGACUCGGCCGCGUAUGAUAGUGAGGAAGGUGUUGUUGUGGCUAGUGUGCGCCUUGGUGAGAAAUUGGCGGCGAAGAAAUGGAGCGGUGAGGUUUAUGCGUCGAUAAGGAAGAGUUUGUAUCCGGAGCUUUGUGGGAUUCUUGGUUUAGAGACUAGAGUGUUUGCAACACCUAAGCUCUAAGAAAGCGUCUUUCAGAGAGUGAAUCUUUGGUUUAUUUGAAAAACACAUGUUUUGGGAGAAAGAGACAAUGUUAAACUCUAGAACUGUGAUCACAGAAAUAAUAAACAUGUUCAAUGUUGGCUUGUUCAGUGUUGUUGUUGGGCUUGUUCUUAGGCUUGGUUGUUUAAAAUAUGGAACCGGUUUAAUCGGUUUUAGAGCUAAUUAGAUGAACUAGAGAUAACCGGGUUGUAGUAGUUAUCGGAGAAGGAGAAACGGUGUUGUGAAUUUGUGAUUGCUGAAAUUACGCCAUGUUAAACCGGUAUUAAAACACAAACUGUUUUUCGUUCGAAAACGCAUCUAUCAAUCUUGGUCUUUUAUGUUCCUAAAAGAUAAUUUACACACUCCCAGACAUGUAAUAAUUAAACCAGCAUUAGCAUACAAGACGACAAGAAAAACUCACCAAAAAAUGAUAAUUUUAGUUGUGACCCC